CAAUAAACUUGAUGUGUGUCUUCAAAUAUAAUGAGCUACUACGGUAUAUUUGCAUAAUAUAAUUGUCAACAAUACUAACUUGAAAUUGUAAACCAAACGUCUUUGUGAACCACCAUGCAUAAAGAUUUAAACAUUCUAUACACACAACUAGACGAUACCCGGAACUUUAAAAAUGUCGUCCUACAACUAAAGAUGGGUGUCUAGUAUGUAUAUGGAUUUUCUUUAUUUUCUUUAGACAAAUUAAGAAGGGAAAAUGGCUUUGGCGCCGGAUGAUGACAAUACCAAAACGUAUAGACCUGGACCAGAGAGAGCGCAGACAUUUGCUAUUUCGCGCGAGAGCAUUGUAGAGGCAGACGACUAUGGCGAUAUUUUUGAAAUUGCUUACACGAUGGGUAUAGAUUUAGGCGGUCUUGACGACAUAGAAGAUAUGAAAACAAGGCUUAUACUUUUCUACAACAAAUGUGAAGGUCAACCCAAUUACAUAGAUGUGGUUGGAAACUCAAUGGUCUCGAUGAGGAUAGAAAAUAGAAAGAAAAGAGAGAAACUGUUAAAACUUCUGACGGACACAAGAGACAGACUAGGUCCAGUUCCAGCAGAACAUUCUAAAGACGGGUUAUCGAGGCGCGGAAGUGCUGUAAUCAAAGGUUUCCUCAAAUCAGAAGGAACCAUACAAAACUUAGAUCUAGAUAUCAACAAUAAAUUAGAAGCUUUAAAGCGUGACGACUGUACUAUCGUAGUUUCUGGUGAAACCUCCGCUGGCAAAUCCAGUAUCUUGAAUUUGAUGUUUGGCGAAGAAGUGGUUCCUACCUUUUUUGGAAGCUGCACAUCUGUUAUUACUCGAAUUUGUUAUUAUAAACAACGACGAGCCAAAAUAAUAUAUAGGAAUGGAAAAGUUGAGAAAAUCCGAAACAUCCCAGCCGGCGAAAUAUGUACAAAGCUGAAGCCAUUCGUAUUUGUUAAAGAUGAUUCUGAACGGGAACUGGCAACCCUAAUUAAAGAAGUUAAAAUUUAUGUACCAGCUAAAAUUCUAGAGUGUGGACUUGUUGUUGUUGACUCACCAGGAAUAGGAGAAAAUGAUGAAAUGGACAAAGUUAUCGUAGACUUUGUUAAUGAGAAUCAGAUAAAUGGGUUUCUAUAUGCCAUCAAGUCUGAUAAUGCUGGAGGAGUUGAUGAAGACAGGCUUAUAGGACUUAUGAAAGUAAUUUUGGAGACAGAAAAGCAGAAGACAGAAAGGGGAAUGUUACCAUUUGAAUCCACGUGUGCUCUUUUUGUUUGUAAUUUUUGGGAUCAAAUCGCAGAAGACCAAACUGAGACAGUAUUUAGUCAUGCAUAUAACAGACUGAAAUCAAUAUGGCCGAAUAUGAAAGAAUCUCAACUGAUGAAGUUUUCGGCCUUUAAAGCAAAGAUCGAGUCUGACAUUGACCCAGACUUCAUUGUUGAUAAUUUAAAACAACUUCUGGAUAAUAUCAGAAACGUGUACAAUAAAGCAAUGGAUAUCCGUGUUCUCUCUACCUAUAAAUGGCUUGAAACUGUUUUGAAGAGAAGCGUUCACCAUUUGAAAACAAUAGUGCAUAGAAUUGACAAUUCAGAAAAAGACUUAGAAUCAAAGAUGAGAAGUGUUUGGGAUAAACUAAACACUCUUAAAAUGAAAUCUGAACUUACUAUAAACGAACUCAGAAAGCAAAUACAAGAAGAAACUGAUGAAAUUUGCGAAGAAUUUGGCACGUACUUGCAGUUACCAAAAACUAGGAUGGCAAUCACUUCGUGGAUUGAAAAUGAAUUGCCGGUGGUUGAGGCCUUCAAACAAAUCGAGGAUUUGAAGGCAAACAUGGAAGAUUUGACAGUAGCAAGGAUUUCAAGAGAACUAGAGAACUGGGAAGAUGAACAAGGAAAAAUCAAAAAUGUAAGAGAAAAUGUCGAGAGAUCCAUUCAAUUUAGAUUAAAUAUCCUGGAAGAUGAACUGCAAGAUAUUGAGGAUGAUAUGCAGUCAGACGCAGGAAGCAUAACAUCUGAAGAUUCAAUCUGUCCGAAAUCAAAACAAAGCAGAAGAUACUCUAUCCCAAUCGGUGCAGUUCAAAUGCAAAUGUCAAAAAUAGCCCUACCAGUUAAACUUGUUAACAGAAUGUUGAAACCAUUUGGAAAAGCUGGACAAAGAUUUAGCGGUUUUGUUAAUGACAAACUUAAUGAAGGGAAACUCAAAGAGUAUCGUCGGGAUCCAAUAACUUGGGCAAAAAGGAGGUCGGAAAAGACCCUUGAAAAUUUCUUAAAUGUUAAACAGGAGGAUCAUCUUAGAAUAGUGAUAAGUGAAUUUAUGAAAGAACCAAAAGACUUUCUUAAGGAUAUCGAGAGGAAAAUUCCCGCCAUGGUGGAAACAAACCAGAAAAAUAUGGACCACAUCGCCAUGUGCCGAAAGGAGGGUUCAUCGUCUCGCGAAGUGUAUGAACGAAUGAUGGAAAACUUAGAGCACCUUAAGCGAACGGUAACAGACUAUGGCGAAGGUUACAUUUUUGUGAAUGACUUUGGUGUUGAUGACAUUCAAAUAAUUUCUCCAGCACUUGGUGAAGGACGAUCAUCAGUUCCGUUCGAUGUUUCUCAAAUGCUUGAAAGUAUUGCAUCAUCUACAGCAUUAUGGAACCAGAAGGUUAUUCCAAGAAGUCUAUGGUCUGCACAACAGAAUGGUAUUCUAAUGGCUAACAACAAAGAAGAACCAGUGACUAUAAGGAUCUAUCUAACAAAUGCCAGAAUAGAAAAUACAGAUUCAGAAGUCGCUAAAUUAAGGCUUCUAAAGAAUGAAAAUGUCGCAGAAUUGUUAGGAAUCCAGAACUCAGAUCACCCAACACCAGCUUUUGUGUUUCAUGGACAUCUUAGACCUCUGAGUAGGUUCAUAAGAAGCAGAUUUAUGAAUUUUAAGGAAGAUGUACCAAGAAUAUUACACGAAGUUCUAUACGGCCUUGAAUACAUACACAGAAAGAAAAUGGUCCACAUGGAACUGAAUCAGAAUACAAUUGCGAUCGACGACAAUCAUGUUGUUAAACUCUGUGGAGCAUGCCAGCCAAGGGUAGCUCCAUUACCAGUAGAUAAGGAUAGAGUACUUGCGGGAGACUUCGUUUAUCUCAGUCCAGAAGUUCUAAAUGGCGAUCUGUAUGUUGCAUGUGCGGACAUUUAUGCUUUUGGCCUCUUAGUAUUUGAGAUUUUAGUGGGACAAGCGUUUAAAGAUCAACGUCAGCAACUUCUUUCGGAAUUCAUCGAUAAUUGUAAGCCAUGUGCAUUAAAUGGUUGUCCGUACACACUAGAAAAUUUAUCCCAAAGCACAAAGGACAUAAUACAAGAUUGUCUUGAUGAGAUCUUGGAGCGUAGGCCUUCUAUUGAAAAUCUUAAUCACUCUGUUUCUAACAUUAGAAAUGAGCCUAUGUUAGUUAAAUUGCAAGGAAUGAAAAGAAAUAGUACUACGAAAAGAAGGAAAUCGUCGUCGGAAAAAAUCUUAUGUUAUGAAAGACUACGUAAGGAAGGGAUGGCAGAGAAUCAAUCUGGUAUCCUAAGAGCAUCCCAAGAUAUCCAACAUCAGAUAACAAAAGAAGUUGGAUAUAACAACGACACUUCAGCAAGUCAAAACAUGGAUAAAACAGUGUCAUUUUUUAGGUCGUCAUCAAAUAAUCUAGGAACGAAAGAUCUCUUUGCCACUCAAUCUUCAAGAAAAAGACCUCCUCUAUCAAAACAAACGCGACACUCCUCGGUUGAAACAGAGCGUUAUGCAGGAGAACAAAAUAAUUCCAAAGUCGAACAGAGUAAUCGGUCCAAAACAACCCGAGCACCCCAAAUUAGUAUUCUGAGAUCCUCAUCGGAAACGGCACAGUCGAUAAGAGAAUCACCGAGCGAACAUCUAGUAGCAAGAAUGACAAAAUCAUUAGAAGAAAAAGAGGAAAGUGGAUCUACUGGUUCACAAUCUCCUAGCCGAUUACGACAAUCAUAAAUCACAGUCUCCAAGCUGAUUACGACAAUCAUAAAGUAAUAUCCACUGUAUAUGAUAUCUUACUCAUGGCAGACAAUCAUAAAGUUUACUUAUUUCUUACAAACUGUAUUUCAUAGAAAAUCAUAAAAAUUAUCAUAGAAUGACCACCAGCUAAUAUUUCAUUGUAUUAUCAAGUAUAUUUUUUUAUGUUUUUAAUAAUUGAUUUCGAUAGAAACUCACGACUGAGUGCGUAAGGUAAUCUCUAUUUAAGUGGUAGUGUGUACGAAAUAUUUCAAAAGACACAGCAACUUCAAAUACUUAUAAGUGAAACGGUUUGAUAUAUUUGACUGGCUAAGUUUUAAUAUAAAAACAAGUGUACACGAUCUUUCUUGCAAAAGAAUAGCCAUUCUAUUUUUAAAAUCUUCAUAAUCUUACUACUAUUGAGCUAUUGUGUUCCUCGAUACAUUCCCUAUGCAGUGACAUUUACUACGUAACUUCUCGUUAGAAAGAACAUAAACGAUACCAAUUUUCCUGCAAUGCGCAUUUCGACAAUACAUGUCUCUUCAGUGAUAUUUGAAAUCCCUACUUAGACAUCUACACAGCGCAAUCGCAAAGGAAAACCCGUGCUGAAUGAACACAAACAAACACAGAGUUGAUGUGUAUAGAAAUAACUGAUGCUUUAGAACUUAAUAAAUGCACCAAAUCGUAUAAUAACUGUUGAGGAAAGUUUAAUUAACAAAUGAGGGCCCUCAUGUGGUUUUUGAUUAUGUGAUUACUUGGCCGUUUUUUUAAUGAUUAUUUGAUUAUUAAGCCAAAUAUUUCAUGAUUAUUUGAUUACCUAGGACUGUAUUUUUAGUUUAUGAUUAUUUGAUUACUAAAGAUAAGCUUAUAUUUAAUGAUUAUGUGAUUAUAUUGGCAAAAAAAUGG